UCUUGUUCUGUUUGCCCUUCACAAAGUUCAACUCCGUUUAUUGCCUCCGAAAUCUCAUUGGUAGUCUAAGUUCUCUGGCCUUCUGGGUAUCUGGAUAGAUGCUGAAUUCCAGCUUCAUAAGUGGAGGGAAUGGAAGGCAGAGUUUUAUUUAGCUGUGCUUGAAGCUGCAAUUUUUCAAAAGCUUGGAGAAAGAAUUUUAAGUUGUCAGAUAAGCAAUGCCAGUUCCUCUCGCACCGUACCCGACGGCUCCAGUACCAUUUACGCCUCCUAACGGUACACAGAGCCAACUUGUUUGUUCUGGCUGUCGAAAUCUCCUUGUCUAUCCAAUUGGAGCAACCUCUGUAUGUUGUGCUGUUUGCAAUGCAGUUACAGUUGUUCCACCUCCUGGCACUGAAAUGGCUCAGCUAGUCUGUGGAGGCUGCCAUACCUUGUUGAUGUACAUUCGUGGAGCAACCAGUGUACAAUGUUCUUGUUGUCACACUAUCAACCUAGCCUUGGAAGCCAACCAGGUUGCACAUGUUAACUGUGGUAACUGCCGAAUGCUCUUGAUGUACCAAUAUGGAGCACGCUCUGUGAAAUGUGCAGUUUGCAAUUUUGUGACUUCAAUUGGGGCUUCACCAAGCACUACCGAGCAGAAGUUCAAUAACUAAGACUCAAGCAAUAAAGCCAGUAAAUACAGACCUCUAUGAGUUCAUUCUUUCUUCGCACGGCAUAUCAUGUAAUUGCUCUUAUCAGCAAGUGGGCAAUGUUCCUCCAAGCUGAAUGUAUAGAGUUCUUUUUCUUAUUUGGCCUUGUAUUGAAUAAGCAGUUUUGGCAUGUGUGAGUAUUAUCCUAUGAGAUGACUGCUAGGUUGUGAGUGUAUUGGAAAUUUUAGAUAUUAGUACUUGGUUUUCUUCUAAUUUUAUGUCUGUUCUGUAUCAGUAUCAAUGAUCAUACAUGCACUACCAAUAUUUUCUGUUCUGAAA